CGGGGCGCCGCUGCGGGCUGCGGCCGCCAGCCCCGGCCGCCAAGCGCCGGCUCCUGCAGCUGGAAGGCCCGGCAGCUCGGAGCGCCAGAGCGGCGUCAAGCACAUAGUCUGGGAGAAGCGCAGGGCGGCGUGGUGCAUUCAGUAUAGAACGGCCCGGAUCAAGGUCGCAAAAAGCAGCCAACCUUCCGCCCGAAUGACGAGUCCCCGGAGGAGGUGGAGCGGGCGCGGCUCGCCGCCGUCGAGGCGCUGCGGCGGCUGGAGGAGGAGGACAGGCUCGGGCGGGUCCGCGUUGGCAGCUCCAUUCCGCGCCAGAGCGGCGUCAAGCACAUGCACUGGGACAAACGCAGGGCGGCGUGGCGCAUUCAGUAUAGGAUGCAGAACGGCCCGGAUCAAGGUCGCAAGAAGCAGCCCACCUUCCGCCCGAAUGACGAGUCGCCGGAGGAGGUGGAGCGGGCGCGGCUCGCCGCCGUCAAGGCGCUGCGACAGCUGGAAGAGGAGGACCGCGCGCUCGGGCCGAUCAGCCUGGGCGGAAAGAGCGCAGAACGCCAGAGCGGCGUCAAGUACGUUUUUUGGGUCAGCAAGAGACAGACGUGGCGUGUGAGAUACGUGAUGAAGAACGGCCCAGGCAAAGGCACCACGAAGCAGCUCAAUUUCCGCCCGGAGGACGAGUCGCUGGAGGAGGUGGAGCGGGCGCGGCUCGCCGCCGUCGAGGCGUUGCGGCGGCUCCAGGAGGAGGACCGCGCCCUCGAGCCGAGCGGCUCGGGCGGGCCCUGCGCCGGCUGCGGCCGCGGGGAGGUGCCGCUUCUCGACGGGCUGGUUCUGGUCCUCGGGGAGGAUGCUUGACGCGGUUGGCGGGUUCCUGGAGCUGACGGUCGACUGCACCGGCGGCAACACGCAGAUGAAGCCCACGCACGAGAGCGUGCGGACGGGCUUUCCGACGCCCACGCAAUCCGCACGGAGUUCGACCCUGAGCCGAUCGCCUACGACGCCCUCCUCACCUACUUUGGCCGCACACGUGUGCGCACGCCAGCGCCAGUGGGCGUGGCGCUUGUGGAGGGGGCACAAUGCCAUACGCAGUUCUACGAUACGCAGUGCCACUAUACGCAGUACUACUAUACGCAGUUCUACUCGGCAGUCUGGUACCACUAUUAUGCAGUACUGGUCGGCAGUGUGGCACCACGGCUAGGAACAAGAGAGAGGCUCUGCAAGCACGCCCCAGCCAAGGCGCCCCGGACGUCCACGCCGCGCGCAUGGAGGAGUGGCACGACGCGGCGAGGCACCACCCCGAGAUCUACCGCUCCUCACGGUUCGAUGGCGAAAAAGAUAUCCGUGUCCGCGCCCCCCUGGGCCGCGACCCCGCGGAGACGGG